AUGGCGCCGUCACUAUUUCUGACAAUUUUACUCUUCAUAUCGACAACGCUUAGCUUGAGCAUUGAACGUUAUUCACUGCGCACUGAAGGUCUCGAGCAUCCGAAUGGCUUAUCAACCGUGACUCCAACACUCUCUUGGCGUUUAGCCAGCAGCUCAAGGGGCGAAACACAAGCCGCUUUCCAAGUCCAGGCUGCUUCGUCUGCAGAGGCGCUGGAUAUUCCCGAUCUAUGGGAUACAGGCAAAGUCUCGGGAGGCAAUAUCUCUGUGCAAUAUGCUGGGGCGGCCGUCACUUCGCGCUCCAUAGCAUGGUGGAGAGUGCGUGUCUGGAGUAGCGACGACGACGAUGACACGGUCUCGGCUUGGAGCACCGUCACCACAUUCGAGAUUGGUUUACUAGAGUCUUCAGACUGGUCCGCGCAAUGGAUCACGAACACGGCUUAUAAUCUGGGCACUACAUCUCUACCCUUGUUUGUCAAGACGUUCGAGGUCAAUUGCUCAGUAACCCAAGCUAGAGCCUAUGCUCUGGGCCUGGGUGUUCAAUCAGUUCACAUCAACGGGAACGAACUGACGGAUGAAGUCCUUGCGCCAGGAUAUUCAAACUACAACAAGACGCUGAUUUAUACCACGUACAACAUCUCGACAUACCUCACUCCUGGAACCAAUUCUAUUGGGGUCGAGCUUGGCCGUGGGCUCUGGAACACGCAAAAAGCGAUAGGACGUCGCUAUCAAAAGAUCACGACCGCUGGUCAGCCAUUGAAAUUGAUCGCGCAGCUAGAGUACACUUGCGCCGACGGGACGUCAUAUACUGUGGCUUCGGAUGACUCUUGGAGAACCAGUAUUGAUGGACCACUCCGAGAGUCCUCUUGGUAUGGAGGAGAAGAGUACGAUGCGACGCGCGAGCUCACCGGCUGGUCUGAUCCCAACGGGAAUGUGACUGAUACUUGGGAUCUUGCCACAAUCACCGCAGGUCCCGCGGGUCAGUUUCAAGGACCCCGAUACCCUGCGCUCAAGAUCGUGGAAGAGAUCCAAGCUGUGAAUAUUACUGGCCCUGUCUACGGCCAGUGGAUCAUUGAUUUUGGCGUCAACUUUGCCGGCUGGUUCGCACUCAACAUUGACGAGGCAGAAGGCACGCGAGUGACCAUGUGA